CAACAAUGGCCUUAAAAUUAACAUUCAGAAAACGAAAGCUAUAGUUUUUCGACCAAAGAGCAGGGCUCUGCCAAUUAAUUAUAAUAUUACAAUAGGCAGCGUACCAAUCGAGUUAGUGAAACAACAUAAAACGCUUGGAAUAAUUUUUUCUGAACAUCUUUUGUGGAAUGAUCAUGUCAAUUAUCUUGUUACGAAGCUGUCUAGGGUGGUUGGAGUUAUGUCACACUGCCGCAAUAUUUUCCCAGUUAACGUGAAAUCACAAAUCUACAAUUCACUAUUUCAGUCUUACAUUAAUUAUUGCCAUCUUGUUUGGGGGACAACUACACAAACAAACAUAGAAAAACUUACUUUACUUCAAAAAAAGAUGCUUCGUCAUAUUGCCAAUGAGCACUAUCUCGCUCACACCAAACCUUUGUUUGCCAAAUAUAAAAUAAUUAAUCUUGAUAAGAUGUAUGACUAUAGAUUACUGCACAGCUUUCGUUUUUCAUCUCCUGAGCAUGCUUCGCUUUUAUGCAAGAUGUCAGAGCUCUCCGAACAUCCUCGUAGUUUCAACACCCGUCUUUUCGAAAAAUGGAUAGUACCACGAGCUCGUACUAACUAUACUUACCAGUCAAUUACAUAUCGUCUACCUUUAUUACUUAAUCAUUUUCUUAAUAAUAAUACUGAUAUAUAUCAAAUGGGAAGGAAAUCAUUACUUAUGCAUUUCUUGUGA